AUGAACUGUACCAAAACUCGCUACUUAAUAUUCUUCCAAUACUUCGGGGCCAAAUAUAGCGGUGUGAAGGCUCUGCCCUCCGGCAUGUCGGCUGUUGGUGUGGAAAAUCACCUGGAGAAGGCUGCAGAAAACCUCAGAGCAUCCGAGCCCAUCAAAUUUGUCGUCUCCAGCCGGACAGACGCUGGGGUGCAUGCCCUCUGCAACACUGCCCACCUGGAUGUCCAGAGGAAGGAGGGGCAGCCCCCCUUCUCCGAAGACGUCCUCGUCCAGGUGCUCAACAAGCAUCUCCUUUCAGAGCCCAUCCGCGUUCUGAGCGCUUGCAGGGUUUCUAGCAACUUCCACGCCCGCUUCUUGGCCCGAGCCAGGACCUACGUGUAUCGGGUGGCCACAGGCUGCACAGCCUAUUCUGACCUGCCGGUCUUUGAACGGGAUCUCUGCUGGGCAAACUGGCGUGGCCACCUGAACCUGGCCGCCAUGCAGGAAGCAGCCACGUUUCUGAUGGGCACCCACGACUUCUCCACCUUCUGCUCGGCCAGCUCAGAGAUGCCGGUGAGAAGCCCCAUCAAGAGCCUGAACUGGGUGGAGGUGAGGCCCGCCCGGGGCUUCCUUUCCGAGCACAGCCAGGACAGCAACCUGAAGUUUUGGGAACUGGAAUUUGUAAGCCGAUCUUUCCUGUACAAACAGGUGCGGCGAAUGGUGGGGGCGUUGGUAGCCGUGGGUCAGAACCGGUUACAACCGCAUCACAUCAAGGAACUCCUAGCGGCCCGGGACUUGAUGGCUUAUCCCCACAACACCAUUGCGCCCCCAGACGGACUCUUCCUCAAGCAUGUCGAGUACUACAAAAGUGAUUUAGAGACAGAAGAUUGAAAUGGA